AUGUGGUUCCUGGGAAUCGCAGAGGAGCUACCAAAAAUGCCGAUCAGAGUGGGAGAGUUCUUGCCCAGUGCCCAGAUGACGAUCGGGUCCCCCGGAAACAAAAUCGACAUCCGCGACUACUGCCGAUACAAAAAGACACUUCUUGUGGGCGUGGUCGGAGCAUUCACGCCAACAUGCAACUCACAAGUGCCCCAGAUAAUAGCAGAAGCCGAUGAGCUGAAAACGAAUGGUGUGGAUCAGAUCGCGUGCAUAACUGUGAAUGACAUCUUCGUCUGCAACGAAUGGGCGAGACUUCUCAACUUCGGAGACAAACUUGAGAUCCUUGCUGAUGAAAUGGGUGAGUUCGCACAGGCCAUUGGCAUCACAGCUGACAAUCUGGUCGACCUCCUCGGCAAUGUCAGAUCCGGGAGGUUUCUGAUGCUAGUGGUGGAUAACAAGGUGAUGGAGAUAGCGAUUGAAGAUGACCCGGCAGUGAUGACAUGCACCGGAAUACAACAUGCUAAGGCCUGGGUGUGAACAAAUUUAAUAAUUGUCACCAUCAUCCGCCCCUUGACAAUUAUGAUAGGGAACGUAUUCUCCAUCAUUAUCAUCAAAAACAACUAUCAACAAACCAGCAAAUAUCAACUAGAUAGUCAUCAUCAUCUAUGUCAGGCGUCAUGCAUGAUUGAUUGUAUCAGUAUAAAUUAUUAUUGUCAAUGGGAAAAUUUCCUCUAGAUAUAACAAAAAAUUCAUCAUAUUUGUAGAGUGACCCAUUAUCUGUGCAAAAAAAUUGUUAAAAUGUCAGGCUCAAAUUAAACGAUGGCCUGUUUUCUUCUAGAGAUCUUCUAGGGAGCAGUAGUUGGAAAUUGAAGCCAAAAAAAUUUGCUCAUUCGUAGUACGAGAUUUUCUUUUCAUUUAAAUAAUGGAAAAGCAUAAAUUGUACACUCCGUCAUUCUUAAGAAAAUGACCUUGGAUGAAAUCAAAGCUCAAAAAUCAACAAAUAAAUUUAGGCUGCUGUAAAAACCCCUGCAGCAACCCCUUUUCGGCCUCAUCAAAAAUCGUCUAAAAAUGUCUUUCAAAAUAUAACCUUAAAACAUUUUAUUCCUGGUGACGU